AUGUCCCCCAGGCAAGCAAAGCAAGAAAAGAACAACUACCCUGAAUAUAUCCAUUACGAUAUGCUUGAUAAUAUGUUCAUGAAUCUGACCUUGGAAAAAAUUGGUGAAUUCCGUCGUGUCAGCAAAGCUUGGGAGCAAAUGACGAAAAGACAAGAAUUUGUUCUUCAAAAACGUGAGAUGAGCUACCCUGCAACUGAAAACAACAUCCUUGUUUUCACUCAAACAAGCCAAGAAGGUUACCUGUUGCAAGACAAACUAAUCGCCACCAACAUAAAAGUGCAAAUGGAUAACCCAUGCAACCACAUACGAUUGCAAGAAGAGAUGUCGAUGGGUCACGACGACAUCCAUAAAAUCAUGCCUAUCACCACAGAUUUGGUCUGUUUACAAACCAGGUCUCAAAUCAAAUUGUUGAACCCAAAGACAACACAACUUGCAUCAAUUGAAUGGCCAUAUGAUGUCCCUCUCAGCAAUUGUGAAACAUCAUUUGGGUACGUAUCAUCCUCAAAAACUUACAUUUUCAUGGCCCUUAUUGCCGAUGGAAAAAACAUGCAAGGCUGCAUUUUUUCUUUUCAAAGUUGUUCAAGUAUUCGUAGAGGGGAAUGGAAAACACUUUGCAAUGUAUGUCCUUGCCUUGUAUCUGAUGGAACCUGGUUUGAUAGAUUCGUGUACUGGCGUGUAGACAAACUAUCCUCUAAAAUAGCAACACCUCAAGAGUUGCUGGUCGUGUUUGACUAUCACACUCAACAAUUCCAAACCAUAAACUGCCCUCCAUCUCCAAUCUUCUUUAACCCCAUUGAUCCUUAUCAUAUGAAUCUCCAAGUGAAAAUAUUGGACUUCCAGGGGACUUUGUGUGUAAUAGAUGAGUACCACAUUACUCAGAAUCAUCACUGUCAGAUGUGGGCAUGGGAUCCAGAUACUUCCAUAUGGGAUUGCAUGUUCGAGACCCAUGAAUUCCCAAAUGUGAACACACACGUUCCACUCGGAUUACAGUUCCGCCAUGAUUGGCUUUAUCCAGUGUUUCUAAGUCACAAAUCAUCUCCAGCGGGACAGUUCAUUGUCAAAGGAUAUGAUAAUCGACAUUUGCUGUUGUAUAGUGUUCCUACCAGGAAAAUCACACACUCAAGUACAUCGCCGGAUCUAGAAACCAGUUUCAUCAUUUCAGCGUGUUACUUCUGGGAGAUAUUAACACACUUUUAG